AUGCCUUCUCCCUUCGGGUCUACCUUUGCCUCUGCCGCUGCUGCUAGCACGAAUGGUGACAGUUCUGGAAAUAGAAGGGACAACACGGGAUCAAGUGACUGGUCCAGAAGCCGUGUGAACGGCGCCCCGCAAACCUUUCGCAGAGUCUCUCAAGCGGCUUCGCAGUCACAGACACAAUCACAAGCUCGAGAAAGCGCAGGCGUAGCCUUGCCUACUGCCAAUAACGGCGGCGUGUACAUCCCUCCUCACCUCAAUUCCACCAACCCUAGCAUGCCUCGAAACCCCCCUCUGGGCGAUACCCGCUACUCCAAGGACCAACUUCUGAACAUAUUCCAAAAUCUCAAAGAGUCCUCGGCUCUAGAUCGGAACCUCGAGGAUAUAUUUUUGGGAACGUGGAAUCCCUUGGAUAGUCAAAACGGGGUGGGUGUUCACGGCAUCGGUGGUGACGGAAAAGACCAGGUCCCCGGCCCAGAGGUCUGUUGGAGCUAUAACAUAAAUCCCGAGCCGUUUGGCCUGAGGGUUAUGACGGAAGAGGAGAAAGUGCUCUUUUCCGGUUCGGUCAACUCGCCAAUCAAACCGCAGCAAAAUACCUCCAAAGAGAGCACUGGGGUGGGAGUGAUCGGUGGACGCAAGGCUUCUCUAUCAAGUUACAACACUACGACCGGGAAUUCGAGGCCAGGAACGCGUCGUCGAGAGACAAGUGAUUCCUUCAUGAGUAACGGGCCCAUGUCACCUGUAGAAACGAAGUCCUUUUUCCGAACCGAAUCAAACACCGCGACCCCUCCUCCUGCUCUGCUGCGGCGUCGAACAGACUACAAGGAGGAAGAAGCCACACCCUCUGCCAAAGAAGAUCCAGAGCCAGACGAAACCCCAGAGUCGCAGCCGUCAUUUCCGGGGUUGCGUCGCGCAGGCACUGGUCCAUUAAGUGCCGGCUUGAACCCCCCGUCUGCAUCGCCCUGGUCAGCGGGUGCUCAGCCGUCUGGUUUCGGAUCUAUGGGUACUUUUGGCAGCUUUGCGAUAGGAGCUGCAAGCACGCCAACCGACCCUGCCGACAAGCGACCUGGCUUUGGGAGCGCACGCAGCGCCAGCCGGUUCAAGGAUCUUUUGUCCAAGUCGAGUGCGGAGGAUGUCUCACAACCUGGUAAAGACAAAGGCCUUUUUGGGUCACUUGAAAAGCUGCCGGAAGAGGACGCAGAUGCCAGCCAGGCGAGGUUGCGUGACGAGCUCAAGACUCGUCCCGGUCGUAGUGAGACCAACCCGUAUGAGGACGCAGCCGUGCGAGCAGGCAGCGCGGCUUUGGGUGGCGCCCAGGAGGCCAUCUCAGCCGGCGCAGGGAUUGAACAAAUGGGCAUGUCUGCAUUCGCUCCUCAUGCUGCGAUUGGUACCCGGGACUUUGGCCACGAUGAAGGGUACCAGCAAACACCGCACGGACGAUACAAUCUCCACGAACCCAUGAGCCCAACAAACACCAAUCCAUAUCAGAGUCCUCAUGGUCGUGUCGAGGAUGAUGAGCGUGACACAAAUGACUCCGCUUCCCAGGCAUCGGGCCUCCCGCCUUUUGGCGGUGCUGCGCGUCGAGGCAUGUAUCCUAGUUCCGACGAUCGAAGUAAUUCAGCAAGCGGUCUCCGCGGUGCAGCUGGAUUUGGUGGUCUGGCGGGCUUCGGUGGUCUCGGAGGUAAUCCUACUUGGUCCGGCGCUGGUAUCGGAUCAAGCAAACCUGCAUUGGAUCGAGGUAUCUCGGCUGCAUUUGGCGAUCCUAUAUUCAGUCCUCUGUCCGAGUUACAGUCCCCUGGUGGCCUCGGCGGCGGUUUCGGUGGAUUUGGCUCUGGUGGAAGGGCUGCUCGACUCGGAGCCAUGUUGCCAGCGGCGAUGCAAGAACAAAUUCGAGGGGACAGCAGGAACGAGACAGCAUCGUUCGACUCUCGGCCAGACAGUGCUCAGCAACAUCCAGUGCGCGAUCCUUUCGAUGGCACAAACCGCAGACAAGAUGAGUUUGGUCGUCCACCAAGCCUCUUCGAAGAGUCCCCUUCUAUGAGGAGCGUGGAAGAACCGCUGAAUCCCAAUCUGCCCGCGCAAUUUGGACCUCCAAGCGCAGGGCCUCCAACGGGUUCAGUCCCGAUAUCAGGUUCAGCUUCCGCUUCACAGGCGGCACCGAGAACGGGCGGAUCGGAGAACUAUCAAUCCGGCCAUGGGCUCAGCCAGUCGAGCGGGAGUAACUCUUCGAACCAGCUGCCAGCUACGCAACAGCGACAAAUGGUUAUGCCCGACCGGAUGCGCUGGAUCUAUCGUGACCCUCAAGGAAACACCCAAGGACCAUGGUCUGGUCUGGAGAUGCACGAUUGGUUCAAGGCCGGCUUCUUUACAGCCGAGCUACAGGUGAAGAAGCUUGAGGAUGCCGAGUUUGAGCCACUGGCCCAAUUGGUGAGACGCAUAGGAAACUCUCGUGAGCCAUUCUUGGUGCCUCAGAUCGGUGUUCCUCACGGCCCUCCAACCGCUGGCCCUGGUAACAACUGGGCGAACCCUUCCAUGGGUGCGGCUGCUAGCGGUACUGCCCAGCCACCCUUUGCUAAUAGCUUCCCAAGCUUCGGUACGACCUUGACCGCGGAGCAACAAAAUGCUCUGGAAAGACGUAAGCAGGAGGAGCAAUACCUGAUGGCAAGACAGAAGGAACAUCUGGCGCAACAGCAGAUGGCUAUGAAGAUGCAAAUGCAAAAUGGGAUGCAUUCGUUGCACCAUCACUCCAGCGCCCACUCCCUACAAAGCCAACCCAGCUUCGGGAGCAUCACCUCGCCGACUGGUUAUCAGCCGUCACCAAUACAGCCGUUGAUGCAACCUCCCCAGCAAGGUCUACCAUUCGCCCAUCACGCUGGACCGUCUGCGGCACCAGCCUUUGGCCGUGAAGAUGAUAUUCAUAAUAUGAUGGAUCGUCUGAGCUUCAAUCAACGCACAAAUAAUCUCCCCUUCACCGGCGCCCCUUUAGGCCCUCCGCCACCCGAGGUCGUUCCCUCCCAACAAGUCAACACGAUGCUUCAAGAUAGGGCUCGGUUGCAGCAACAACAGCAACAAACUGAUAUGCGCGGUCAUCAGGACGCUUUUUUAGGCCCUCAGGGCCGCAACGAGCGGCUGGACGAGUUCCACAGACUACGUGGGCAAAUCGACAUACCAGCUGGUCGUCUCGGCCCUGAAGAGCCUCGACCUCAACCCAUUGGUGCUCCCCGCCAACCUAGUGAACAAGCUGUCACGUCAGCAGCACCAAAGGUCCCAGCCCCAAUUGGGCACGCUGGUGUUACGGCGAAGCCCGAACCCGAGCAACUUUCUUUGGCUCAGCAAGUGCAGAUUGCAGCAGCCAGCCAACAAGCGGCCGCGGAAGAAAGUGCUUGGGCCAAAAAAGACACUCCGGUCGAGCCUCCCCCUGUCUCGAUUUCCCCUUUGCCUGCUCCCGCCGCCCAGCGGAACAGGCAACACGUGGCUGACGCCCUUGCCGCGGAGUCCAGAUCGGCCACUCAAACACCCAUCGAGACGCCCAUCGUCUCGGUCGCACCAUGGGCUGAGCGCACCGCUGAACACGCCAAGGGUCCAUCUUUGAAGGAAAUCCAAGAAGCGGAAGCCAAACGGGCAGCCGAGCAGGAAGAACUUGCUGCCGCUGCUCGACGUGCACAGGCGGAGCAGGAAAGGCUGGCCCAGGCUCAGGCCCCCGCCCCUGCACCCGGCCUUCCGUCCACUUCCACCUGGGGCAGCUCCGUGUCACCUGCCACACCCGGUGCUCAAACCACCUCUGUCUGGGCGAAACAAAACCCUGUCAAAACAGGUACAACAGCGAAUACGGCUCCAAAGAAAACGCUGGCCCAGAUUCAGAAAGAGGAAGAGUCUCGCAAACAGCGUGCUGCUGCUGCGGCUGCAGCCGCUACGGCAAGCGUACAAACUACUGGCAACCCAACCGCUGCUUCGGGUGGCAAGAGAUACGCAGAACUUGCAGGGAAAGCCGCUCCAGCAAACCCGGGAGGCCCAGGCGGCGCGUGGACGACUGUAGGCUCGGGCGGUAAGGCCAAGGCCCCGCCUGCCGUCGUUGCAACGCCUCAGCCGGUAUCGCGAACAGUGUCAGCGAGCAGCGCACCCAAAACGCGGCCUGCUCUCUCCACGCCUCGAAGCACCACCUCAACUAACCAGAGCAAAGCCAAUGAAGAAUUCACCAAGUGGAUCAAAGGGUCACUCGGGAAGGGGUUGAACAGCGGGAUCAACUUGGAUAAUUUUGUGCAAGAUCUGCUGCAACUCCCCCCCGACGUCGAAAUCAUAUCAGAUAGUGUCUAUGCGAGCUCGCAGACCCUUGAUGGCCGUCGCUUUGCAGAGGAGUUUGUCCGCCGCCGAAAACUCGCCGACAAGGGAGUCGUGGAGCCUGCCACUGGUGUUCAACCGAUGAUGGGUAUCGGUGGAAGUGCAGAUACCAAGAGCGCGGGCGCCGCGGGUGGCGGGUGGAGCGAGGUUGCGAAGAAAGGGCCGGCGAAUGCCAGUGCUGCCAAGGAGGAGAGCAAUGCGCAGUUCAAGGUUGUCGCCACGAAGAAGAAGGGAAAGAGGUAA